UUUUUUUCCUUUUUCCUUUUCUUUUUUUUUCUAAGCAUGUCUCAACUGGAUUAUAGCAAAGACCCUAAGCAUGAUAGCUUAGCAUUAAUUGUUCGCAAAGAUGCUCCAUACAAUGCUGAACCAGCACCCAUUGAUUUAGUAAAGAAUUACAUUACACCAGAAAAAUAUUUUUUUUGUCGUAACCAUGGUCCAUUACCUGAUAUCAAAGAACAAGAGCACACCAUUCUUGUUCAGGGUAUUGGAUGUAAGACACCUACUUUAUUCUCCAUGAAAGAGUUGAAAGAGAAUUAUGAGAAACACUCAGUCAUGAUGGCUAUGCAAUGUGCAGGAAACAGAAGAGAUGGUUUACAUAAAGUAAAACAUACCAAAGGCGUAAUCUGGGGCCCGUGUGCUUUAGGCAAUGCGAUCUACAGUGGAUGCCGUUUACGGGAUGUAUUGGCUACCGUUGGUGUAACAACAAAAAUAAAGAACUUGACACAGCUUCAUGUGUCAUUUGAAUCUGUAGAACAGUGUGAAGAAGACAAGUGUUAUGGUUCUUCUGUUCCUUUGUCAAAAGCAUUGGAUGAGUUUGGAGACGUCUUGUUGGCUUAUGAGAUGAACUAUCAAACCUUAUCGCGUGAUCAUGGAUUUCCUAUUCGAGUUGUUGUUCCAGGCUAUAUUGGUGGUCGCUCUGUAAAAUAUCUCAAGUCCAUUACAAUUCAAGACUAUGAAUCCAUGUCGUUUUAUCAACGCAGAGACUACAAGAUAUUACCUGAAAAUAUCUCUAAUGAAGAUCAAGCUAAUGAGUAUUGGUGCAAAGUACCUUCUAUUGGCGAAUACAAUGUUCAAUCCUAUGUGUGCAACCCUGCAGAUGGUAUACAUUCAGGUGGUAAUCAAAACCAAAUAGUGCAAGGCUAUGCAUUAUCAGGAGGAGGUAGAAGUAUUCAGCGAGUUGAUGUCUCUGGUGAUGACGGAAGAACAUGGAUAACAGCUCAACUUCAUCAACCAGCAGCUGAGCAUAAUAACUGUAGAGUAUGGGGUUGGUGUUUGUGGACAGCUACUGUGACCACAAAGAGAAAUGUAAGAAUUGUCAGUAGAGCAGUGGACUCUUCUGGUAAUGUUCAGCAAGAGUAUCCUGUUUGGAAUUAUCGUGGUGUUAUGAAUAAUUCUUGGAGAACAGUAGAGCCAAAUACACUUGAGAUGUCUAAUAUCUAAGUAAAUAAUAUAUAUAUAUAUAUAUAUGUAUGAAAUGUGUCUAAUUAAAAUACGCUAUUUUUUAUUGUG